GCUUCCUCAUCUGCACCUCGUUGAGAUCUAGUUCAGUUAGGACUUGCAGAUCUUGGUAAAAGUUAGGGUUUGGUUUCGAUCUGAUUCGUGUUUUUUGUGGUUAAUUGUUGGUUGUGAUCAGAGCGAGUAGAAGAAGAUGUUUGGAAGAGCACCGAAGAAAAGCGACAACACCAGGUACUACGAAAUCCUUGGCGUUUCGAAGAACGCUUCUCAGGAUGAUUUGAAGAAGGCUUACAAGAAAGCCGCCAUCAAGAAUCACCCUGACAAGGGCGGUGAUCCUGAGAAGUUCAAAGAGCUGGCUCAAGCCUAUGAGGUUCUGAUGGAUCCUGAGAAGCGUGAGAUAUAUGAUCAGUAUGGUGAAGAUGCUCUUAAGGAAGGAAUGGGUGGUGGUGGCGGUGGCCAUGACCCAUUUGAUAUCUUUCAGUCAUUCUUUGGUGGAAGUCCAUUUGGAUCGGGUGGUAGCAGUAGAGCAAGGAGGCAGAGGCGGGGUGAAGAUGUGGUUCACCCCCUGAAGGUCUCUCUGGAGGACCUUUACCUUGGGACAUCAAAGAAGCUCUCUCUUUCACGAAAUGUCUUGUGCUCAAAAUGCAACGGGAAGGGGUCAAAGUCUGGGGCUUCCAUGAAGUGUUCUGGUUGUCAAGGUACUGGUAUGAAGGUUUCUAUUAGGCACCUCGGCCCCUCUAUGAUUCAGCAAAUGCAGCAUGCUUGCAAUGAAUGCAAGGGUACUGGAGAGACUAUCAGUGACAGAGACCGAUGCACACAGUGCAAGGGAGAGAAGGUUGUCCAAGAGAAGAAAGUGCUUGAAGUUAUUGUGGAGAAGGGAAUGCAGAAUGGACAGAAGAUCACAUUCCCUGGUGAAGCUGAUGAAGCGCCCGAUACAAUCACUGGGGAUAUCGUCUUUGUGCUGCAGCAGAAAGAACACCCUAAGUUCAAAAGAAAGGCUGAAGACCUUUUUGUGGAGCAUACCCUGUCCCUCACUGAGGCUCUGUGUGGCUUCCAGUUUGUUCUGACUCACUUGGAUGGCCGGCAACUCCUUAUCAAAUCAAACCCUGGAGAAGUUGUUAAGCCUGAUUCAUUCAAGGCAAUAAAUGAUGAGGGGAUGCCAAUGUACCAGAGGCCCUUCAUGAAGGGCAAGCUUUACAUUCAUUUCUCUGUGGAAUUUCCUGAUUCCCUGAGUCCUGAUCAGGUCAAGGCUUUAGAGGCUGUUCUGCCACCAAAGCCUUCAUCACAGUUGACAGACAUGGAGCUGGACGAGUGUGAGGAGACUACACUUCAUGAUGUCAAUAUGGAGGAAGAGACAAGGAGGAGGCAGCAAGCUCAGCAAGAGGCAUAUGAUGAGGACGAGGAUAUGCACGGUGGUGCUCAGAGGGUACAGUGCGCCCAACAGUAAGGACUUCUGGAGCGGUAGUAUAACCUGUGGUGAUGAUCAUGAUACUCUUAGCCGUGUGUGAGGACUCAAUUAGUGUUUGAUCAUAUGAUUCUGAUAAAGCAAACAGUGUAGCAUUUAUUGUUGAAGGGAUUUUUUCCGUUCAGACAUCCUAAAUACUUUAAUUUUUCUUCUUCUUCGUGACC